UAUCUACCACAAUUGCGCUGUGGAGUUAGCAAGCUGGCUAGCUAACCCAGCGCUGGGACCAAAAGGGACUGAGCCAGUGCAUUGGGUGGAAGUCAACCUGGUAUUUGCUCAAAAUCCACAGCUACCCAGCUAGUGGGUUAGGAACACCACCCAGCAUUUUUGCGUGUGCAGCAACCGCAAAGCUCAUUUUUCUACGAGGAAGCUUACGGCCACUCUGGAAUGUUUCUUUUGAGGGGAACGAGACCCGAAAUGGCGUUGGGCCUGCGCCUCGUUCGCUCGAAUCCUUUUUUUUUUUUUUUUUUGAAAAAGUCUAAUUCUUAUCGUUAUGAAACAACUUUGUGUCUCUUGGAAAAGAACGUCCCGCCUUUGCGUUUGAGCACAGCGCUGCAGCGUCUUCUGUGUUUCGCAAGCUUCACUUUUCAUCUUUACUUUGUAUCUUGCCGCACUUGAUGAAUCGCUUUUUUGGGGGCUACUUUUUCCUAGCAUGGGGAGUAAAAAUGAUUCUACUGUUCUGUUGGGUGUAUGGAGGGUUGUCUCAUUUCGGGAUGCUGGCUUGCUUUUUUUUUUUUUUUUAAAAAACUUUUUAACAUUUAUUUAUUUUUCUCGGCUUGAUUAAAACUACAUUCAGUAAGCGGCACAGCUGUGCGCAUGUGUCGGUCAAUAGCUUCAUUUGUUUGCAGAACUCCAGCCAACACUGACAUGUGAUCGUUCAGCUCAUGUCAUGCAAAUGCUUUUCUUUUUUUUUUUUUGUCUUUUUUUUUUUUUUGGGGAAGUGGGGGAAAUAUAAUGUAGUAAUUGUUGUUUUAAAUAAAUGAACCCCUGCAAGACUUUGGAAAGAAAAAAAGCAAGAGUUGUUUGUGGAGAGACACGCGAAUGAUGAGCUCCUUGGAUCUGUUUUAACAGCUGUGAAAGCAAUUUUAUAAGUCAAUAAAAGAUUUCAAGCUCGUCUGAGUGUUUGUGGGGGCUGCUUUUGGUUGGGACUUUGUAGGUGCGGGGGGGUUUUCUUUUUUGUUUAUGUGGUUUGUGGGGACGUGUGUUUGUCUGCACUUUUGGAAAUUACUCUUUUCAGAUAACCAUGGCGGGCAAUUUCCUGCACACAAAACAAACAUUCAAAGAGAAAAAAAAAACCUGCAAAAGAAUACGAGGGAAUUGUACUUUAUAAAUGUGUCGUCGUCCCCAAUUCCUGUGGAACCUUUCAGUCCGGUCUUAUUCGACAUUUUUAGUUGUUGCUGCUUCAGUUGCCUGCCAUGGUUAGCUGAGAAUGAUGAUUCAAAAAAUGAAAUUAUGAAGUACUGAGUAUAACAAAUGCAUCCCGAGUUUUGCAUCCUCCCUGUGUGUGUGUGAGUAGUGCUGUCAAGCAAUUCAAACAUUUUUUUAACCAAUUGCGGUUAACCACUUUUUUCUUCUACAAUUUUUUUCCCCAAACAAAGCUUGUGACAAAUAAUUUACUUGAGUAAAAUCUUGAAAUUCAUGUAAAAUCAUCAACUAAAAGUAGACCGAUUCAAAGACUGUUCUAGAAGCGCCCUUUAAUUCCUGAAUGCAAUUAUUCUUCUGUUAAAUGAAAGUGUUGAACAAAACGAUCCAAACUGACUCCGCUUUUCAGGCAUGGUUCUUACAUUUUUCUCAUCGAAACAAUUCUCCAAAAGUUGUCGCUGAAAUGUUUAGUUCUGCCCGUGAGCACCAACAUCCAGCAGUCAGAUCCUUCGAGCAGCGACACUGCAGCUCAUCGAUCUGCCCGGAGGGCGGGGGUGGGAUCGACAAGACGGGGGGGAUGCAGAAAUUCCUUAUGAAUGAAACCCGGACCGGUGACGUCAAUGGGGGCUCUUGACGCAUGAGUCACGCGGAACGGGUGGGCGGGUAUAAGAGGCCCUGACGCUGUCCGCGGUGCUGAAAACAAGACACGCCAGGAGGAGAGAGACGCAAGGAAUCCCGACCGGCUCUUGUCAUCAAAGCAAGUCGAAAAGCAAUAAAUUCGGAAUUCCGAAUAGACGGACAAGAACGAAAAAGGGAAAACAACGGGAACAUACACACAGAACGAAAAAACGCGCGCACACGGACAUUAGGAAGUGUGCUGUGAAGCGUGACAACAAGACUGUGACGUCCUAAGGAGCGGAGGCAGGAAUCCCCCCACAGUGCUCCCACCUCAAGAAUUUCUCCCAUCCAGCUCACUGGAGGCCAUGAUGGCUUACCGCGACACCCCAAGUGCCCUUCUCCUCCUGCUUCUCCUAACGUGGGCCUCCUCCGCUGAUCAUACGGCGGCCCCUGACACACAGCGCGUCAUCCCUACCGAGAUGGCGCUCUCGAGAGAUGCGCAGAGCAGGGAUGAGGAUCGGAUCCCCGAGAAAGCGGCGAAGGCAGACCUCUUUGAUGACGUGGAUCCCAAAACGCUCGCGGCGCUCUUGCUGGGGGCGCUCAAUGGCACGCGGGCAGAGAGCAGGAGAGAGGAUGACCACGUGGCUGGAGACGAGCCCGAGGGAGAGGAGCGGGACAGAGAUGGGCGACUGAAGCUGGAGUUGCUCAUGGCUGCCCAAGGGAGGGAGGAGAAGAAGAAAGCCGAAGAAGAGGAGGAGAGAAUGACCGAGAGGGUGAGCAGUCGUACCACGAGCCAGACGGUGCCGGUCCAGACGCAACCGCCGCCCGAGCAAGGCGCCGAGGAAGAGCAGCUCAACCCGGAGGAGCUUAAGAAUCUGGAGACCAUGAUGAAGGAAUUCCCUCGCUUGGAUACGGCCGUAAAGCGGGCGGGGCAUUCGGAGCCAAACCAGAGGGAGAGUCGGGGCUACAGCAGCUACAAUGAAAUCAUCCCAUUCAACAAAGUCAACAAUGUGGCCCUGUCGAAGAAGAAAUUGAAAUGGCAAGAGGAGACGCAGAAGGCCUUGAACGUUCCAUCGUUCAGAGGUAACUUCAUGGAUGACUUCAAAGACCGCGGUGAUACCGACACGCCUCGGCCCGAAGAGGAGGCGGAGGAGGAGGCGGAGGAGGACUUGUUGAGUCCCGAAGAAGAGGAGGCCCGGGCCAAAGCGGAGCAAGAGGAGAUGAGGAGGCAGGCCGCCGAAGUGCAACGAGCCAAGCUGGAGGAGGAGAAGCUGGCUGACAUCGCCUCGGAUAUGCUGCUGCGCUACAUGGUCAAGCAGAACGGCGGCGGCAGGAAGUACCUGUCGACGUCCUCCAACGCAGCUGAAGACAAGAGGUCGGAGGAAGACCAGGAAGAAGACGACAUCGACCCCCAGACCAUCGACAAGCUGAUCGAGAUCUCCAGCAAGCUGCACCUGCCCGCCGACGACGUGGUGGACAUCAUCAGUGAUGUGGAAAAGAAGAAGAAGAAGGAUGUCACCCCACAAAUGUCCUCCGCAGGCUCCUUUCCCGACUCCAAAAACGAUCCAAUCAGCUUUCCAGUCCCCAAGCAACCGUCUCCAGCGUUCCCUCUCCUUAAAAACUGGUUUCAGGAGUCCAAGGAAUUCUGGAGCAGCAAUCCCGUAUCCAAACCGUACAUGUGGCCCAAAGCUCUGAAGCCCGUGAAGCAGAACCCCUGGGCUUGGACCCGCUAUCCCAACACACAACCCGCCUACUACCCGGUCUACUUCCCUCCACCCCGGCCCACAUACCGAUACUACGUGCCCAAACACGCUCUGGCCUUCAACACCUUUCUCCAGCGAUCCGGAGAUGGCGCGUACGCCUUCCAGCCCAAACAACGCUACCUCAACUGGGUGCAGCCCCGCUUGAGGAAGCCCCCUGCCGCACUCCGGCGCAAGCCCUACUACCCCCGAUACCGCCUCCCUUUGUACACCCAGAGGCCGUUGCCCGCUCCCAGAGGCCCUCUGCCACAGCAGCAGUUUUACCGGUCGCCCCCGAAGGGGUACUUGUCCAACAGUAAGGGCCACCUGGAGAAAUACAUUGAGCAGCUACUCAUGAAGAGGCCGCAAGUGCAGAACUGAAAGUGGCGAACUAGCCAGGAAAGGUGGCACAAGAGAACGGAUCCAGUGGCGAGGAGAGUGUUUCUAUUUUGACAUUCUUUGCCUCAUUUGAUCCAUUGUGACUCAAGACAUUCCAGGAGGGCUUUAAACGUACCACUUCUCAACUCCAAGAUCCCAAAACAUUAGGAUACAUCAUACCGAGUAAGCGGGAUGAUGGGCAAAAAAGCAGUCAAAUAUACCACAUGGCCAAAAGGACAGAGGACUGAAGGAAGGCUUAUGGUCUGGUCUUAUUUGUGCAUGUUCAAUUUUACACACACGACAUAUCCAGUCCGCCUUUCCAAAGAGCAAAACAAUUCUGAACAGGACGUACAGUAUUUGAUGGCGGGGGCAGUGAGGCAGCUCUAUAAUGGCUCCUGUGACUCAUCCCUUUGCACAACUUCAAUUACCUUGUUGCUAUAGCACCAAAGUGUACAUGCCAUUCCUUUUCUUUUACGGCCAAGAUCUGCUGGGAAUCAGACUGCAGAAAAAAAAAA